AGUUAAGGGGGUUCAUAUAAAAAUACAGGCGAUAAAUAACGAUGAAGUUUAGUACCCCCAAAAUUUAUUACUAAUGUUAUUUUUCUUUUUUCCCCUUUAGAUCUAUUUCACGGUACUCCUUCCUCUCUCUCUCCUCCAUUGAAGCGUACUCGAAAUUCUCCAUUGAAGGGGCUUCUGAGCUUUCUCUCCUCCAUUGAAGCAGUCUCUAAGGGUUUGGUUUGUCAAGCGUACUCGAAAUUCUCCAUUGAACCGGCUCCUGACUUUCUGAGCUUUCUCUCCUCCAUUGAAGCAGUCUCUAAGAGUAAAGAGGAUGAAAGUUAACAUUUUACAAUGGCAUGCUGUAGCUUCAUGGACCUGGGAUGCCCAGGAUGAAACAUGCGGAAUAUGUAGAAUGGCCUUUGAUGGUUGUUGUCCAGAUUGCAAACUACCUGGUGAUGACUGCCCAUUAAUUUGGGGGCAAUGCAACCAUGCUUUUCAUCUACAUUGCAUCUUGAAGUGGGUGAAUUCUCAAACUUCUCAAGCUCAUUGUCCUAUGUGUCGUCGGGAAUGGCAUUUUAAGGACUGAUCAUUUCUUCACCUGUUCUUUCUCAAUUAUCACCAUCUGGUGGAAAUUGGCAUGUUAUUGCAGUGACUAACUGACUAUGGUAUAACUCUUAACCUAUCUUAUGUGGCGAUAUCUGUUUCAGCUUCAAUCUCGUUUGAUACAAGUGGUUGGUAUUAUAUCCUAUUUUGUGGAACAACUCACAAACUUUGCUUCAGUUAGCUAUUCCAAAACUUCUCUUUAACUUGGUGUAAUGACAUGAUUGAACUUGGUAGAUGAUUGAAUUUACAGGUCAUCAUAUUAGUUUGCACAUUUUUUUUUUUGUUGAUCAUGAUUAAAUUACUUAUAGUUUCAUGAUUCACGAGGAGCCAAGUGGCAUGAUGGAGCGAUGGAAAAUCAAAAUCAAAAUCAAAAUCAAUUUGAGCUGUAAUUGGAACUUAAGUGUCAAAAAUUGGAGCGCAGUCUCUUUCAAUCCAUGUAGAUGAGGAAUUGUACCUGUAAAUGCUGUGAACAAGUAUACUACUAUGGUCAUAUGGGUCCUUUUCUCUAUUUUUGUAUAGAUUGUUUUGGUUUUUUCCUCUCUUUCUGUCUUUUCUGUACAGGGAAGAAUAUAACGUGACAAGCAAUUUUUUGUUGUUAUUUUUGUGAUUUGAUGGUGAUAUACAUGUUUCUGGUUCUUGUUGGUGAUACAUGGUGACUUGAUGAGGUUCUUGUUGUAUGAUCCUGAGAUACUACUUACCUGUACUCGUAGCAUCUUCGACUGAUAGAAUUAGUUUGGGUGGGGGUAGAUGGCUGAGAUACUAAAUAAUCCUAGACCCGUCUUGAUCUCUUGGAUGAUAAUAUGUUUAGUUGUUUAGGCUUGAGGAUGAUACCUGAGAUCGAUUCUAUCUACCAUACCAGUCAUAGCUGCCUCAAAUGAAACCUUUAGACAGUUUCAAAAUGAGCAAGGACAUAACCAACUGCUAUGAUUUGGGAAGGUGACCGAUUACAAUUAGAGAAAAUUAGAUUCGAGGGACUGAUUCAAACUUUGUACUAACUGUAAGUUGAUACUUCUACAAUAGAGUAUGAAACAUAUUCACGGGCCUCAACCAUUAGUUUAAGCUUUUGGUUUAGAUGGUCUAUCAUGGUUUCAGAGCCAACGUGAUAUAAAAAUCACGGGUUCGAAUCUCAUCCACCCUCACCUAAGUGGAAUAUUAAGCGCUGGGUAUGAAAAGGGUCUAUGCUGUAUUCACACUUCAAGCCCAAUGGGCUCUCGUGUUAGGGAGCGUGAUAGAGUAUAAAAUAUUCAUGCCUUUUUCUGGGCCUUAACCAUUAGCUUAAGCUUUUGGUUGAGAUGGUCCAUGAUAUUCUAGUAGAUUUAGUGAAGCUACUUCGUUUAAAAUUAUGGGGAUUUUAAGAUUUUCCCAUAUGAUCAAAAAUCAAUUUUCAUAAAAUCAAUUUUCAUACAGGUUUCAAUUGGCCAACUUUUGUGCCAAUAAUUAAAAAAUCAAGACUAGACAAACAUAACUAGACACUAGUAGAUACAUAAAAGUACCAUUUCAUAAUCAGCAAUUUUCACUUUAAUUUCAUCAAGAAAUCCAUGUAGCAAAUCAACGGCGAACAAUUUCAUACAUUAUAAAAAAAAAAAAAAAAAAAAAAA